AGCCUUUCCUUGGCUGGUCUGACCCGUCUUCCAUCCCCUCCAAAGACCUCGCAGAGGAGAGGAAGCCUGUUUUCUUGUAAACAGAGGUGGAGGGGAAAAACUAAACCAGCACUAGCUCUUCUCCUUGGAUCCUCAUGGCUUUUAAAGCCCUUUCAAAGACCUAAUCAGUCUUUCUUAAGAUGCAAUAUUUUUUUCUUCCCCUUGAAACUUAAAAAUAAAGGGGGGGGGAUGUUGUGUGGAGAUAAUGCUUCAUUGCUGGUGGCAUGUAUUCUUUAUGGAGGCUCUCCAGCCACUGAAGGUUAAUAAUCAGUCCGGGGUCGGCGAGGGAAUGGAGGCGGACGGCUGCGGGAAAGGGGGGAAGGAAAAAAAAAAAAUGGAGCGAGUGAGACUUUUAUUGUGAAGCAGCCUGUGCUUGGCAGUUGGCUUUUGUUGGGACUGCUGCAAGAGCAGACAUUUCUCGGCGGGGAGGGUGGGUAUAGGAUUUCCCUGCCAAUCGGGAGCCGACGGAUUGGGGCAUGGGGAGUGUGAGCAGAAAGGGAAGUUUGCUCUGAAUUUGAGAGAGGGGAGGGAAAAAAAUAACCCAACACACACACAAAAAUGGAGCGAACAGUGCUGAGUAAGGGAGAGACAAGGAAAGACGCCUGCAUGAAGACUGAGCUGCUGAAAGAUAUCACCAACAACAAAGAGGAAGGGUUUAAUGCCAUGGCUGCAGAUGAAAGUGCUACAGAAAAGCAAGCGGGGGAACCAAAAAUGGCAGUAGACGGUGAAACCAACGGUUCCUGUGAGCACAGUGACGCUGGUAGCCACCCAAACCCAGCUAAAAACACUCAGGACAAUACGAAAGUGAGCCAGCAGGACUCUAGUACUAAAUUAAAUAGGAUAGCAGAAAAUGGUAUUUCUGAACGAGAUGGCGAGACUGGGAAGCAAAACCAUAUGAAAGCUAGUGACUUCACACAGACUUCUGUAACAGGGAGCAAUGGAUAUAUUCUAACCAAGCAGAUGGCACAGGAGCAACCUCUAAGGACUACCAGCACCUUUGCUUCUCUCACCGGCCAUGCUGCAAAAACCCUUCCAGGAGGAGCAAGCAAAGGGAGAACUGUGGGCUCCUUUUCUCAGAUGCAAGCCACGAUGCCAACCAAGCUUGGGGAGGGCAGUAAGGACAUGGAUGCUAAAAAAGCCACCGCUGCUAAUGCUGAAGUCAAGGUCCACAGAGCACGGAAGACAAUGCCUAAACCCACCCCUAGCCUGGAUUUGCUUCCUGAAUUGGGAUCGAAGCUGAAUCUGAAACAGCAUGCAAGUAAAGACCCCAAAGAUGGGAGAGACAGCAGAGAUCAAAAAGAAUCCAAGGAGGAAGGCAACAAGAACAUCCUGGAGUUUGGGAAGCCGUUGCCGUUGCCCUCUCUCCCGGGCCUUCACCAGUCACUACCUCAGAACCAGAGCUAUGUGGCCACCACGAAGUCGCAGACAGCUGCUGCAGUAUCUCGGAAGAAAAAACGGAGAAUGGGAACCUAUAGCCUGGUUCCCAAGAAAAAGACCAAAGUGUUAAAACAGAGAACAAUGAUUGAGAUGUUUAAGAGCAUAACUCAUUCCUCUGCGGGUGCCAAGAGUGAAAAGGACCUGGGUGAUGCCAGCCCUCAUGUGAAUGGGGAAAGCAUAGAUGUAGACUCUGAAGAGGAAGACUCAGAUGAGUUGGAAGAGGAGGAUGAUCAUGGAGCAGAACAGGCAGCUGUGUUUCCUGCGGAUGAUAACAGGACCUCUAAAGACAGCGCAUCUGAUGCAGACAAUGCCAGAAAGAUUGAUGAUGGUGAGUCUGAGGAGGAACAAGAGACUGGAGAGUCUGGGGAGGAGGAGGAAGAUGGAGAUGAGUCUGACUUGAGCUCAGAGUCCAGUGUCAAGAAGAAGCUGCUGAAGAGGAAAGGAAAGACAGACAGUCCAUGGCUGAAACCCACCCGCAAGAGGAGACGGAGGAAUAAAAAGAAACAAGCCAGUGUGCUAGGUGCCGAAGCCUAUAAACCAUCUUUGGGAGGCAGAGAGGGCCCCGGCCAGGAGAACAGCAUGGAGUACAUGGAGGUGUCCCUGGAUUCCCUGGAUCUCCGGGUGAAGGGAAUCCUCUCCUCGCCGGCGGGAGGUCUUUCCAAUGGUCCUGAAGCAAUGGAAGUAGAUGGUCUCCAGGAAGUCCCCCUCUGUAGCUGUCGAAUGGAAACCCCCAAAAGCAGAGAGAUCACCACGCUAGCCAACAACCAGUGCAUGGCCACGGAGAGUGUUGAUAACGAGCUGGGCCGAUGCACAAACAGUGUGGUUAAGUAUGAACUGAUGCGCCCGUCUAACAAAGUCCAGCUUUUGGUGCUGUGUGAGGACCAUAGAGGGAGGAUGGUGAAACACCAGUGUUGCCCUGGCUGUGGAUACUUUUGCACUGCAGGCACUUUCAUGGAGUGUCAGCCGGAGAGCAGCAUCUCCCACCGUUUCCACAAGAACUGUGCCUCCCAGGUUAACGACAUGAGCUACUGCCCACACUGCGGGGAAGAGGCCUCCAAGGCAAAGGAGGUGACAAUAGCAAAAGCAGACACAACCUCAACGGUGUCGCUGAUCUACGAGCAGCAGAAACCAGCAGCUGUGGAGGGAAGGGCUGACACCACGACGGGGAGUGGCACUGGGACGCGGUUGUCAGAGGAAGACAAACCAGAAAGUUCGGCUGCUGAAGGGUUUGACAUGGCUGGGUCUUCAGUUUUUCCAAAGCCUACUACUAGCCUGACCCAGGGACCAGUUAAAGAAACUCUGGAAAGUGCCCUGAUUGCCCUGGACUCUGAAAAACCCAAGAAGUUGCGGUUCCAUCCAAAGCAGUUGUACUUCUCUGCGAGGCAAGGAGAGCUGCAAAAAGUCCUGCUUAUGUUAGUGGAUGGAAUUGACCCUAAUUUUAAAAUGGAGCAUCAGAGUAAGAGAACCCCUCUCCAUGCUGCCGCCGAGUCUGGCCAUGUGGACAUCUGCCAUAUGCUGAUUCAGGCUGGUGCUAAUAUAGACACCUGCUCUGAAGACCAGAGGACCCCACUGAUGGAAGCAGCAGAAAACAACCAUCUGGAAACUGUGAAAUACCUUAUCAAGGCUGGAGCACUAGUAGAUCCUAAGGAUGCGGAGGGCUCCACGUGUCUGCACUUGGCUGCCAAGAAGGGGCACUAUGACAUUGUUCAGUACCUCCUCUCCAAUGGCAAGAUGGAUGUCAACUGCCAGGAUGAUGGAGGCUGGACGCCGAUGAUCUGGGCCACCGAGUACAAGCAUAUUGAGCUGGUGAAGCUGCUGCUUGCGAAGGGGUCAGACAUCAACAUCCGCGACAAUGAGGAAAAUAUUUGUUUGCACUGGGCUGCUUUUUCUGGCUGUGUUGACAUAGCAGAGAUACUGCUGGCUGCUAAGUGUGAUUUACAUGCAGUGAAUAUUCACGGGGACUCGCCCCUGCAUAUUGCAGCCAGAGAGAACCGCUACGAGUGUGUCGUUCUCUUUCUUUCCCGUGGCUCGGAUGUCACUUUAAAGAACAAGGAGGGUGAGACUCCACUCCAGUGCUCCAGCCUUAACUCUCAGGUCUGGGUGGCCCUACAGAUGAACAAGACUCUGAAAGAAUCAUCUACUGACAAGCCUGCCCAGAUAGAGAAGGUUGUGAGCAGAGACAUCGCCCGGGGUUAUGAGCGGAUCCCGAUUCCCUGCGUCAAUUCAGUGGACAGCGAGCCUUGUCCUAGCAACUACAAAUAUGUUUCGCAAAACUGCGUCACCUCCCCGAUGGACAUUGAUAGAAACAUCACUCAUUUACAGUAUUGUGUAUGUAUAGAUGACUGCUCCUCCAGUAACUGCAUGUGUGGCCAGCUCAGUAUGCGCUGCUGGUAUGAUAAGGACGGCCGACUCCUGCCUGAAUUCAACAUGGCUGAGCCACCACUGAUCUUUGAGUGUAAUCACGCGUGCUCGUGCUGGCGAACCUGUAGGAACCGGGUGGUGCAGAAUGGGCUCAGGACUCGAUUGCAGCUUUAUCGGACACAAAAGAUGGGCUGGGGUGUGCGAACAAUGCAAGACAUUCCACUGGGAACCUUUGUGUGCGAGUACGUUGGCGAGCUGAUAUCUGAUUCCGAGGCAGACGUCCGUGAAGAGGACUCUUACCUCUUCGACCUUGACAACAAGGAUGGAGAGGUGUACUGCAUAGAUGCCCGUUUCUAUGGCAACAUCAGCCGCUUUAUAAACCACCUCUGUGAGCCAAACCUCAUCCCGGUGCGAGUCUUCAUGUCGCAUCAGGACCUCCGCUUUCCCAGGAUCGCCUUCUUCAGCACGAGGCAUAUAGAAGCUGGAGAAGAAAUCGGCUUUGACUACGGAGAUAGGUUCUGGGACAUCAAAGGCAAAUACUUCAGCUGUCAGUGCGGUUCACCCAAGUGCAAACACUCGAGCUCAGCGCUGGCCCAGCGGCAGGCGAGCACCUCGUCCCAGGACACGCAGGAAAACGGGCUCCCCGACACCAGCUCUGCCACGGCAGCCGGCCCCUUUUGAGGCUCCGCUCCCCAGAGACUGACUUGUUUUAACCCUAUAGAUUCACAUACUGUCUGAGUUUCCAUUUAAAGAGAAAAAAAAAAUAUGGAAAAAAAAAAAACAAACCCCGCUCAAGGAAAGCCAAGGGUUCAUGACACUUAGGGCUGUGCCACCGACUGUUACUUGAGGAAUAAGUAAAAGCAAAUCCCACCUUCGUGGUGUUGUUCUCCCCUCCCUGGUCCUGGAAAGCUGCUGGUUUUCACAGUUGUCUGUGGAGGGGUGGCUGUUGCAGUUUUUUUCCAUGCGAGCUGUCCUGGCCUCCGUCUCUUAAUGUGCUAAGUGUUGUCAGAGCCAAGGGAGAGCCGCCCGUCCUCCGACUAUUGUUAAUUGAAUGGAUCGCUCAUGCCAAGUCAUCUCCAGUUCACUUGUAAUAAACUUUGAAUACUU